AUGGUUUUCAAGGCAAUGGGGAACUUUACCCUUCCAUCACAGGAGCAAACACAAAACGGGUCACCCAUUUGGCACGCCCAGUGGGACCUCUCAGAAGCUAUGUUUCGACAGGAGGCCAUAGCACAAAGGAGCCAGGAUACUCUGAACAACAUGACAACCAUGAUGCAAUGGCAAGUCAACAGGCAGUUCAGGAAGGACCGUGAGGCUGCUAUGGCUAGGAUUCCAAACCCAGAUGUUGUAGUCUAG